UGUUGGCGGGCGCGGCCAUCUUAGUUGUGUCUCUAAUAGUGGUCGUCUUGUGCAUUGCGUGUGAAAUCCCAAUUCAUCCGUCAUGUCGGAAAGAGAGGAUAAUGUUUACAAAGCAAAACUGGCGGAGCAAGCCGAACGAUAUGAUGAAAUGGUUGAGGCAAUGAAGAAAGUAGCAUCACUGGAUGUGGAGCUGACGGUUGAGGAGCGUAAUCUUCUGUCCGUGGCCUAUAAGAAUGUCAUUGGAGCUCGUCGGGCCAGCUGGAGGAUAAUCAGCUCCAUUGAACAAAAAGAGGAAAACAAAGGUGCUGAGGAGAAAUUGGAGAUGAUCCGAACAUACAGAUCACAGGUGGAGAAGGAAUUGCGAGACAUUUGCUCUGACAUCUUGGGUGUGCUGGUUAAACAUCUCAUUCCCUGCGCCUCAACUGGUGAAUCGAGAGUAUUCUACUACAAAAUGAAGGGUGACUACCACCGAUACCUAGCAGAGUUUGCCACGGGCAAUGACAGGAAAGAAGCUGCAGAGAAUUCACUGCUCGCAUACAAAGCAGCAAGUGACAUUGCCAUGACGGAACUCCCACCCACACACCCAAUUAGGCUGGGUCUUGCUUUAAACUUCUCAGUGUUCUACUAUGAGAUCUUAAACUCGCCUGACCGGGCAUGCCGACUGGCUAAAGCUGCAUUUGAUGAUGCAAUUGCAGAGCUAGAUACCUUGAGUGAGGAGAGCUACAAAGACUCUACACUCAUCAUGCAGCUCCUUCGAGACAACCUCACACUCUGGACCUCUGACAUGCAGGGAGAUGGUGAAACAGAGCAGAAGGAACAGUUGCAGGAUGUGGAAGACCAAGAUGUGUCGUAACUCUCUGCCGUAAAACAAUCGUAACAACGUAACGUCGUAACAACACCCACGUAACGUCGUAAACAACAAACAAGCAACAACGUAAAACUUGAAAAGAAAACAUCUUCACCUUGUUUUUUUUCGGUGGCCAAAACCGUUCGCAUGAAAUCUACCACAAACUGACGGACGGAAUGAUGGCUUAGUGAACAUGGACACAAAUCACAACAUAUUAAAAUGAAUAAAAUAUUACAAAUGUUCCGUGGGGGAGGUUUCUGUAAUAUGACUGCUUGCUCGGUCGUUUGGGGCAUGAGGGGGGGGUUCCAAAAUAACACUGCUAAUAAUUAAUUUCACCACCACUUUUAUUAAAGUGAUAAAUACACCGAUUACAUUUCCAAGUUCUUUUCCGUGUCCACAUGACAGCAUUUCAGUUUUUGUAAAGAGAAGUUGGGAGUUGGCUAAUUAAUUCGCACUAUGUUGCAGCAGUAUUAACAAAUCAUAUAGCUUCUUUUUGAGCAUGCGCAGGGUUAAGGGAAAUGAAAUAUUUUCCACCUAUAGUAAAAACAUUCUUUCUGGGGUUGACACCUUCUCAGAUAAGUAGGUCAUUGUAUGUUUUGUCACCACUGCAGUUUUUUUUUAUGUAAUUCCUAGCAAUCAUUCCAGUCAAUGAGCAAGUUGUUAAAACUGUUUAUUUUUCUGUCGGAAAUGUAUUAUUGUGAGUAUUAUAUGCAAAUGGCCUCCCUUCACCAUUUUAAAUGUCCCCUAUUGUUAGAGAAGUUCUGUGGGUUGAGUGUAAUAAUUUAUUGGUACUUAACGGAACCAACACAUCCUCUAGUUUAUAAAGGUAUUUGCCUGAGGGUUUCUGUAGUAGUUUGAUAGAGGAAUGUCCCCCCCCCUUCCCUCACCCCCAAUCUUCAGCUCAGCCCUGGAGUUGAUACCUCAGCUUAAUUUUUGUGUUGCCUGACUUGUGUUAAGUCAUGCUAAUCAGAUUUCUUACUUGACAGCAAUACAAAAAUACAAAACAAAGCACAUAACAAUCUGUUAGUGCAGGAUAUUUUUAGGCUGAAAAAAGGUUAAGCUAAAAUGAUAUUUCUCUUGUGCUGUAGAAGUUUUCUGUGUGUGAUACUUCUGUUUUUGUCAUGAGGGAUGUCUAGUGGCAGCCUUGUCUUUCCUCGUGUUAUUUAGAUCUCAUUGAUGUCCAUGGAUUUUUAACCAUUUUCUACUGUAAGCAGAAUUGAUUUUAAGGAAUUUGAUAUUUUGUUACAAUUUCCACAUAAUUUGCAAGAGAAAAUAUGUUAAGUGCUGUAGAAUAAAAUGUAGCUGAGACUACAGGCACUGCUUCGGCGACAUUUUUGUUGGUUUUAAAUCCAUGGACUAUUCCCAAGACACCAUUAGCAGGGGAAGGCCCAUUGACUUUUGAGUGGAAUCAUCAGAAGGUUUGAGUUACCUGGUUUGAAGUCUGGUCCCCUGACAUUACUACUCACCAGCUGCUCAUCUCUUGGGGCAGUUCCCUAGAAUGAGUUGUGAACCCAUGAUGAUCAUAUUAUGAAGAAAUCUUCAUACUGCAUUGAUUUUGGAUGCCUGACCACUACUUUGUGUGGUACAUUUCUUUUUUCAGUGAAAUUUCGCUUACAAUUUGAAAUAAUUGUGUCUCACAAUAUUGAGAUGUAAUUUUAAUUCUGUUGGUAUACAUAGGAGAUGCAAGUGUACAUUAUUUUGGAAAUUUGUUGGACAUAUUUUCAGUGUUUUUUCUUCUUUUAGGUGUCAAAAAUGAGCGUGGUUAUUUUGUAAAUCUGAAGAGACAUAGCAAAAGGUUGCAUUUAUGUAAUGGUUAUUACAGUUAAAGAAACUUGAUAAACCCCCAA